GGGAUGGGGGGCGAGAAAAUGGUAAAAAAAAUGGCUUAAUUAGAGACAACUAAAUUACAUAAUAUAUCUAGCUUCUCUCAUUUCAUAGCCCACUAGAUAUUAGUGGAAAUCUACGAGAUGACGGGGGAGAAACAAUUAGCCGGAAGCAAUAUUGAUGAAUCACUUGUCCAUAUUUCAUAUUUUAACAAAUUUAUAAUUACGACUGCGAUGAGAUGUGAAACGUUGAAACGACAAUGAUUUGAAGCGUCACAAUGACUAUGACUACUGGAAAAACGGGAUAAUGUCAAAAAUCUUCCAGCUACAGUUGACUAGAAUGGCAUCAUCACAGCAACCGCAGAUUUCAACAAUAUCAACAGCUUUAAAGUCGGUUCUAUGUAAGAUUGAGACAGCCACAUCGAAAAGACCCGAGUCAUUGCCUGCUGUCCAACCUAGACUUGUGGCUGUCACCAAAACAAAGCCAGCAGAAUCUAUCAUAACUGCAUAUGAGUGUGGUCAGCGAUACUUUGGAGAAAAUUAUGUAACAGAAUUGGUAGAAAAGGGACAAAAUCCUGAUCUGUUAAAGCUUUCAGACAUUAAAUGGCAUUUCAUUGGACAUCUUCAAAGAAAUAAAGUUGGAAAACUGCUGUCUGUUCCCAACUUGCACACGAUAGAGACAGUGGACUCAACAAAGCUUGCAGAAUCUCUGGAUAAUGGAUGGAAAAGACUGGGGAAAGCAGACCCUCUUAAGAUAAUGAUACAAGUCAACACCAGCAAUGAAGAAAAUAAAGCUGGCUGUCCUCCGGACCAAGUCGUGGAUAUUUACAAAUUUGUGCAAGAGACAUGCAUCAAUUUGGAAGUGACCGGACUGAUGACCAUCGGUUCAUUCAAUCAUGACUUAUCAACAGGACCGAACCCAGACUUCCAGUCAUUGUUUCAAUGUCGAGAAGAUUUAUGUAAACAGCUGGGAAUGAAUGUCGGUCAACUAGAGCUGAGUAUGGGCAUGUCUGCUGACUUUGAACAUGCUAUUGAAUUGGGCAGCACUAAUGUACGUGUUGGCAGUACGAUAUUUGGAUCAAGAGAAGUAAAAAAAAAGGCGACGACAACCAAAACUGAAAACAGUGCAGAUUCCACUGAGUCUGGCUCCAUUGUCAACAUGUCUAAUGGUAUGGCAGGUCUGGCUGUUGGGGAAAGUUGAUAACUGUGGGGGUUAAAGCAAGAGGACAUACAGAAACAUUAAAUAUUGAAGGAAAUUAUAUUACCAAUACAAUUUGUUUGUUACAUCUGUAAAGCAGGACAAAGACAGAAGGAAAUAACUUUACAAAUAGUGGUCACAUCUGUAAAGCAGGACAAAGACAGAAGGAAAUAACUUUACCAAUAGUGGUCACAUCUGUAAAGCAGGACAAAGACAGAAGGAAAUAACUUAACAAAUAGUGGUUACAUCUGUAAAGCAGGACAAAGACAGAAGGAAACAACAUUACAAAUAGUGGUCACAUCAGUAAAGCAUUACAAAGACAGAAGGAAAUAACUUUACAAAUAGUGGUCACAUCUGUAAAGCAGGACAAAGACAGAAGGAAAUAACUUUACAAAUAGUGGUCACAUCUGUAAAGCAGGACAAAGACAGAAGGAAACAACUUUACAAAUAGUGGUUACAUCUGUAAAGCAGGACAAAGACAGAAGGAAACAACAUUACAAAUAGUGGUCACAUCAGUAAAGCAUUACAAAGACAGAAGGAAACAACUUUACAAAUAGUGGUCACAUCUGUAAAGCAGGACAAAGACAGAAGGAAAUAACUUUACAAAUAGUGGUCACAUCUGUAAAGCAGGACAAAGACAGAAGGAAAUAACUUUACAAAUAGUGGUUACAUCUGUAAAGCAGGACAAAGACAGAAGGAAACAACAUUACAAAUAGUGGUCACAUCAGUAAAGCAUUACAAAGACAGAAGGAAAUAACUUUACAAAUAGUGGUCACAAUUGUAAAGCAGGACAAAGACAGAAGGAAAUAACUUUACAAAUAGUGGUCACAUCUGUAAAGCAGGACAAAGACAGAAGAAAAUAACUUUACAAAUAGUGGUCACAUCUGUAAAGCAUUACAAAGACAGAAGGAAACAACAUUACAAAUAGUGGUCACAUCAGUAAAGCAUUACAAAGACAGAAGGAAAUAACUUUACAAAUAGUGGUUACAUCUGUAAAGCAGGACAAAGACAGAAGGAAACAACAUUAUAAAUAGUGGUCACAUCUGUAAAGCAGGAGGAAUUUAGAAUGUACUUUUAUAGUUGUUUUGAAAUCAAAGAGGUUUAAAUACAUGUAGUUCCAAGACUUCAUUACUUUUUCACAAAUAAAUUUUAGUUAUGACUAAAAAUAAAACAACAUUUUAGUCAUCAGUAGAGGUAAUUAUUGCUGCACUUGUAAUUCUAUAUGAACACUUCCAACAUGUACCAAGGGUCAUUACUGACAGGCAAUAAGGAUGUUUUUCUGAUAAUGUAAUGUGUAGAAACUUUGGUGAGGGAUUUGACAGAGAUUGUGUCCACCAUGGUUGGUUAGCUGGUGACCAUUUUUCCGUAUCUGAUCCAUAUACCUAUGUAUCUUUCUAUGUCUAUGUGUUGACUCAUCCAUGAAUAUCGGUGUUCUGGUGACAUUCACCAUUGUUCCCAAGAUGAACCUUGAUAUCAACAUAAAGUGGUUUUGCUAUG